UUGUGUAUGUAGAUUUGCUGAAUGACCAGGGUCGUGAAUGUUUAAUACCUACUAUAAAAGGAGGGGGCGAGAUGUCCAAAGCAUCAGUAGCUCUGUGUCUUCAGACGAAUCUACCAACAUGAAAUCUUUCGCUUGCGUCGUCCUCCUCGCGGCCGCCGCCCUGGCCGCCCCCGGCACCCAGGGGCAGCGCGACAAGCGCGGCUACCUGUCCGGCCGGUCGUCGGGCCACCACGGCUACAGCCUGGACUACGCGCCCGCCAUCUCCUACAGCCUGCACGCGCCGCUCCACGGCCUGAGCAUCGCGCCGGCGCACAAGAUCGUCUCCUACGACAAGGUCGUGCAUGAACCUAAGGUUGUGAGCGUCAAGAAAAUAGUGUCGGUCCCGAAGUUGGUUAGCGUGCCCAGGGUGGUCUCCGUCUCCAAGAUCGUACAGGAACCCCUCAUCUCCUACAGCAGCAUCGGAUCUCACGGCAGCUUCGGAUCCAUCGGAUCCCACGGCAGCAUCGGAUCCUAUGGCAGCAUCGGAUCCAUCGGAUCCCACGGCAGCAUCGGAUCCCACGGCUGGUGGUGA